AGCAGCUCCACGAUUCCUCCGGCGUCCCGGGAGCUGCACUGGGAGUGGGCGAGCUGGGAUAGGCUGGGACGCGCAGGGGGGAAAUAGGAAGCCGCCGACUGCUCACUCCUGCCUCACAAGCGGCUGAAUCUUGGGCAGGAAACUGGACCUCGGCCGGAAAGUCAGACUUCUUCCAGCGGUUCGGGUUACAGCGGCGCUCAUGACAAAGAACCGUCGCGGUUCAAACUUUGUCAGCCGGGUUUAGUUUCUUCCUGAGAACAACUCUUCUGCUCCGUUUCUGUCCUAUUUAUCGGACUGUAGAAGGACACCAUGCCGCGGAGAACCGUGCAAGAAGUAACAGUCCAAGAUGUCCAGAAGAGAAGGAAUCCCAACAAACACUACGUCUACAUCAUCAAAGUGUGCUGGAGCGAUGGCAGCACGGAAGUCAUCUACCGACGCUACAGCAAGUUCUUCGACCUGCAGAUGGAGUUGCUGGAUAAAUUCCCAGUGGAGGGAGGCCAGAAAGACCCGAAACGCAGGAUUAUUCCUUUUCUUCCAGGAAAGAUCCUGUUCAGGAGAAGCCACAUCAGAGACGUGGCCAUGAAACGGUUAAGACCCAUCAAUGAAUACUGCCGAGCGCUCAUCCAGCUGCCCGUGUACAUCUCUCAGUGCGAGGAGGUCCGCGUCUUCUUUGAGACCAGACCGGAAGACCUGAACCCGCCGAAGGAGGAGCCGGCCGGGAAGAAGAAAUCUGGGUUUGUGGAGCGAGCGGCCUCUUUCCUAAAGCGAGGUGACUCGACGUCGGCCGACCCGCUGCUGCUGGACCAGUAUGUGGCCGUCACCGACUACGAGAAGCAGGAGAGCUCUGAGAUCAGCCUCCACGUGGGGCAGGUGGUGGAGGUCAUCGAGAAGAACGAGUCAGGUUGGUGGUUCGUGAGCUCGGAGGACGCCCAGGGUUGGGUCCCUGCCACCUGCCUGGAGGCGCAGGACGACCCCGACGACUUCACCAUCCCUGGAGAAGAAGUGCCUCGGAGGUUCUGGUCACUGCCGAGGCACGUGGGCCGCCGCAGAACUUUAGGGGAUCUGUUCUGCACAGGGUUCGGGCCAGAAGAGAAGUACUCGGUGAUCUACCCGUACGCUGCCCGGGACCAGGACGAGAUAGACCUGGAGAGAGGGAUGAUCGUGGAGGUGAUCCAGAAGAACCUGGAGGGCUGGUGGAAGAUCAGGUACCAGGGUCGCGAGGGCUGGGCCCCGGCCUCCUACCUGAAGAAGAGCGAGCUUCAGAAGCCGGUGGUGGCGGCUCACGCCAGCACCAACGACCUGGACGGGUUCAGCCGGCAGCAGAACCAGAGCGCUGCCCGGGACAACAACCAGAAGGAGAACCGACUCUCCUUCUUCUCUGAGAGCAACAAAACCAAGGUGGGGUCCAGACAGAGACCCCCGCCCCGCCGAGACCUCACCAUCCCUCGAGGGACCAACCUGCCCAAGCCUCCGGUGCCCCCUCAGGUGGAGGAGGAGUUCUACACCAUCGCAGACUUCCAGACCACCAUCCAGGACGGAAUCAGCUUCCAGGCCGGAGUCAAAGUGGAGGUGAUUGAGAAGAACUCCAGCGGCUGGUGGUACAUCCAGAUCGAGGACAAGGAGGGCUGGGCCCCCGUCACCUUCAUCGACAAGUACAAGAAGACCAGUAACGCCGUGCGGCCCAACUUCCUGGCGCCGCUGCCCAACGAGAUGGAGAGGCUGAAGCUGGAAGACUGUGGCUCCGCCCCCGUCCCAGGACCCAGCGACAACUGGUCCAAACCGCUGCCUGAGGAACCCACCGCCUCGCCCGAGUCCAGCACCAGGCCCAAGCUGAGGGACUGGAAGUCCAGCGCCAGCAAGGGGGCCAGUGCCUUCUCCGGGCCCCUCCCACCAGCCCCGGCCGCACCCCCGGCCGAGGAGAAGCCGGCGCUGCCCCCACGAAGGGAGUCCAUCAACAAGAGCAUGGAGAUCGAGGUGGCCGAGAGGUCCAGAGCAGAUCCAGCUAAACCUCUGCCACCCAAACCCCCGGCUCCCGGAGUCAUAGUGCCAAUGGUUCCUCCCAAAGCCACCGCGGCGUUCAAAGCAGAGAAGUCACCGGAGCCAAAGAAAGAGGACAAGAACAAGGUUCUUCAUCUGCGGAAUGAAAUGGGUCUGGAGUGCGGACACAAGAUCUCGGCGAAAGAGGUGAAGAAGUUCAACCUGAAGCCAGUCCCCAAGCAGCCCCCGAAGCCCAAGCUGGAACCCGCCGAGGAGAAAGCCGAGGCACCCGGGCCAGCGCCGUUCAUGAAAGCCAAGCCCGUGCUGAGACCCAAACCAGCACCCGCAGCCAAACCUGAGCCGCCAGCAGAGAACAAACUGGACAUCACCAACUUGAGGAGCAAACUGAGGCCUUCAAAACCUGCCGACCCGGACGCCAAUCACCAGAACGGGUCUUCAGGAAGCAGCUCCCCGACAAGUUCUCCGAUCCACAUCCCGGCACCCAGCAAGCUCCCGGAGGAAGCCAAGUUCACGCCGAAGCUGGUGAACGGCCUCAGUCAAGACAGCUCUUCACCACCAGCAAAGCCAGCAGUGCCCCCCCACAAAGAGCCGCCCCAGAGACCCGCUGCCAUGGCCCCACGGAGACCCCCUCCUCCCAAAAAGGCAGAUGCCUCAAGUCCCACCGAUCCCAAACCUCCCCCUUCUCUUAAACCAUUCCAGGACCUCCCGAAGCCGGCGCCUCCUCAACAGAACAGACCCGCUCCCCCCAAACCAAAGGGGUUCUCGCCUCCAGUCAAGGACGACGUCAAGGUCAACAAAAUCCCCAUCGCACCCAAACCGCAACUGAAGACGGAGAAGCCGGGGCCACCCAAAGACAAGCUCCCGCCUCUCCUGAAGGAGGCCAGCAGCAGGGACGAGCUUUACCUCGCCGUGGCCGACUUCGACGGGGACGACCCCACGUCCAGCUUCAAGGUCGGUACCGUCUUCGAGGUCCUGGAGAGGAACAACAGCGGCUGGUGGUUCUGCAAAAACCUGGGGGCCGAAGUCGAGGGCUGGAUUCCCUCAAAUUACUUGAGCAAGAAACCCUAAAGUACUUAAACGCUGCUCCAGUACGAAAUCCAAAAUGUUUUGCAAACAGAGAAUUGGCCGUUUUUUGUCACAAAGUUGCCACAAAAAAACAGUUGACGCCAACAACUUUUAUUUUGUUCGAGUAAAAAAAGAAUAAUAUGAAAACAACCAUUAGUAAUUGAUUUCUGUUUUGGGUGUGAAGCAGUACAAAAACGUGGUUCAAUUUUUCGGUACUUUUUCACGUGUCACCUAAAAUGAACCAGCAGUAACGUGAUGUUUACGUUUAUAUCAAAGCUUCAAAGUAGUCGUGCGAGUGGACGUGAUCGCCGCUCGACGUAGCGUUUCAAAAACAUGGUGCCUCCAUGUGGCGGCACAGACGAAGCGCUUUCUUCACCACCGCAGCUGUUGACCAACAAAACAACGGUGGGCUGCACAAUACCCAGACACACCCCGUAACGACCUGUGUUGCGAUGUUAGCUAGUUGUUCAGGCGAUUUCAAAACACGCUUCACGUUGUGUACAGAUUACUGUUCAUCGUAGACAAUCAACUCUCAUCUUUAAAAAACGUCGCUAGCACAAAUGGCAUUUGUAAAUGAGUAAGGAGAGUUACGCUUCGUAACAUUUCACCACCGACGAAACUCAAGCGUGGCACUAGCUAUCGCGAACUCAUCAGCUAAACAUUGAUCGCAAAUCAGUCGCAAAGCGAACUGUCGGAAGACUUCAUUUUUAAUUUUGCACAUUAGCGAUUUUAAACAGAUACUUGCCGCAUCAUUAGGGGGCGCCGUGUUAUCCUGUUCAGCGUCGCUAGGAUGUGAACGCUACAUUUUCGGAUACUGUGCAGCCCCGAGACACUUCUUACUGCCGUCAUGAACAAAUGGGAUUUAUAUUAACGUUGUGCCAAUCAUGUGAGGCCAAGUAGACGCGCUGUCAAACACCCCAGAACCACAAAUGGUUUUCCGCUAGCAGAUGAAAAAAGCAGAUCAAAGGCGAGUCUCGUUUUCAAGCGAGUACAGUCUGUUCCAAACGGAAGGAUCGACCGAUGUACAGGUUGUAGAGGUUUUACACGAACGCUUGACUGGUCUCAAGCUCGGUCAGUAGAGCAAAGUAUUUUAUUGUACAGGACACGAGUCCAAACUUUUUUUUAGCUUUUUAGAGCUGUGCUGAAGAAGGAAGCGACAGGAAGUGAAAUAACAUCACAAGAUGUUUCCCAUAGAGGACGUGGAGUAGUGACGUGAUGGUUGGAGCGGUACAGCGACAUUUGAUGAUGUCAUCACUGCAGUAUUAUAUCACCUGGUUCUUUUUGCGAUGUAUUUUUUUAUUACGUCAAUUUAUUUUUGCUUACGACAAUAAAGUUUCUGAAAUUAA